UUCGGCAGCUCUCCGGCGGCUGCUCGGUGAGUCGGCUCGCUCGCACCGGAGAUGGCUACGUUUUUUGGGGAGGUGGUGACACCGCCGUCCCGCGCCGGCUUGGAUGACGAGGAGGAGCUCGCAGAAGAGCGCGAGGAGACUCAGGAGGACCGUGAGAUUCGGCUGGCGCUGGAGAAGAAAAGAGACGUUUCUAUCACUUGGAACACCUCAAAUAUAUCAGCAGAAGAAAAGUUCCCUUGCUCAAAGUUUAUCUUGGGUGUUGGAGGCAACGCAGUAGCAUUCUUGUCUUCAUUUAUUUUGAAUUCUGGAAGCUGGGAGCUGAUUGGAUCUGCCCAGUUAUGGAAUGAGUGGUGCAGAACAUCAAAAGUAACAAAUCUUCCAAAAGAUUCAUACUGUUGCUUUUAUCGGUCAGUUUCAGAUCCCACAAUUUUACUGUGCCAGUGCAACUGUUAUGUGGCCGAAGACCAACAGUUUCAGUGGGUUGAAAAG